AUGCUGGCUCGAAGCGUGACGGAUGCAGCCAGGACUUCGGCUUCUGAUUACGCGGUAUUGAUCUGGUAUUUGCAACUCGCUAUGACUGCUUUCGAAGAGUUGGGAGUCAUUCCCGAAUUGGGUGAUGCAGUUUCUGAACUCGGAUGGGAACUGCCAACUCCCAUUCAAUGCGAUGCGAUUCCGGCUAUCCUUGGUGGAGGCGAUGUACUCAUAGCUGCUGAAACUGGUAGUGGUAAGACCGGAGCAUUCUCUCUACCGGUGGUUCAAAUAGUGUGGGAGAGGCGCAAAGAGGGAACGGGUGGUGGAGCGAAGUCU